AUGUGGCAAGAAAUGAGAAAACAUGAAAAGAAAUUACGUGGAAUGAUUGUGGAUUAUAAGAAACGAUCAGAACGACGAAAAGAAUAUUACGAAAGAAUUAAACGUGAUCCAGCAGAAUUCUUACAAAUUUGGGGUCGACCAGCUAAAAUUCAUUUAGAUCCAGCAAUAGCAACUGCUGCUGAAUCAACACUAACUGCAUGGCGUGAUGAUGAAACAACAAUGAUUGAUCGAUUUGAUGUUCGUUCACAUUUGGAUAUCAUUGAUGAAUAUGCUUUAAAACAUCAACAGAAUCAACAAGCCUCCGAAACCACCAUGUCGGAAGCAGAACAAAAUGAUGAACGUUUAUGUAAUUAUGAACGUUAUCGAGUUUUAAUUCAUAAUGAAUCAACUGGUGUUAGUGAAGAACAAUGUUUGCGUGAUAUUGAAUUUGACGAAAAAUUUGGCGCACUUCGAGAUGAUCAUCAUCCAGCGGCAAGAGAGGCCAAAAAGAAAAAAUCAACUACAAAAAAAGCUGAAAUUGGUUUUGUAUAUGAUGAUGCACCAAUUUCAACAUCAUCGAAAAAACUUUCAACAGCAGCAGCAGCGGCGGCAGCCGAUGAUAGCGAUGAUGAAGAUGAUGAUGAUGAUGAUUUAGAUAUUGAAAUUGAUAUAAAUCAAUUAACAAGUGAAAAUAAAGCAUCAUUAAAUAAAGUUGCUACACAUUAUGGAAUGGCAUUCGGAGAUUUUGCACGAAUGUUAAUACUUGAUAGAGAAGAAAUGCAAACAAUUAGAGACAAUAAAUUAGAAAGAGAACAGGAUAUACCUGUGAAGGGUCGUCGAGCUCGUCGUGAACGUCGUUUAGCAAAAGAAAGACGAAUUAAAGAACGAGAUUUUUGUCCACCAAAUUAUUUAAAUCGAGAAAUGCCUAAGUUACCUGUUGUACAAGCAAAAUCGAAAUCUCGAUCACCAUCACCUGUUGAUACAACACCAGUUAAAGAAAAAAUUGAAUUUAUUACAGCAUUUGGUGAUGAUGAUGCGUCAAAACUAAAUGAUUUAAAACGAAAACGACCUUUUGAAAAAUCAUUACUUGAUGAAUGUCGAGAAGCAAAAAAGAAGGCGGAUCCAACUGUUAUUCCAGUUCGAACUCGUCGAUUAGUUACACCACCACCAUUACCUUCACCAACAACAACAUCACUUGUUCCUUGUCGAUCAUUUCAACGAAAAAGUCAAGUUCUUUUAUCUACGCUACAAAAACUAAAAGAUGAUGGAUCACCUGAAAGACGAGUUUUAUCUGAUGAUGAAAUUCCAGCAAUAAAAAUUGUAAGACUAGACAAGAAAGAAGAUAAAGAAGAAAGUAGUAAUAAUGAUGAUGAAGAAGAGGAAGAAGAUGAUGAUCUUCAACAGUAUCUUAAACGUAAAGAAGCUCGACAACGCAAUCAGAACUCAACUACACCACAAACAAGUCAUAAAGAACAAAAUGGUCCUAAUCAAUCGACGACACCAAAAAUUUCGGCGGUUAAAACUCCACAAGAAAAACUUCGACGUCGAAUGCAAACUUUAUUAAAAAAACAAUUUCAAAAAGAUAAAGAUCAACAACGGGAACGCGAAGAACGUGAAGAAAAAGAACGUGAAGUUCGAGAAUCUGAAUUACGUCAAUCAUCAGCUAAACUUCGUCAUCGUCAUUCACGACAUCGUUCAAGUAGUCGAUCAAGAUCACGAUCGAGAAGUCGAUCUCCAACAUCUCGUCGUCGGUAUCGUCGAUCCUCUUCUCGAUCUUCAUCGUCAACAUCAUCCACAUCAUCGUCAUCAUCUUCUUCUUCAUCAUCUCCAUCCCACCGUUCAUCAAAGAAUCGUACUAGAAAAAGACCAUCACCGGUUAAAUCUCGUUCACCGACACCAGAAUUUUUACGACAACGUUUUCGUCGUAGUCAUCAUCGUCGUGAUUCAUCGUCAUCAUCGUCAUCGUCACGAUCUAAUAGAAGUUCAUCAAGAAAAAAACGUACAGAUUAUAAAUAA